AACUGAUUUCCCCUUUCCUAUCCAGCUUCCCCAGAUUUGUCUAUCCCUCUUCCCGGAAUUUUCUUUCCAAUCAGCUUCUACCUCUCCUCGAUUUUUCUAUCCCUCUCCCCAAUCCCUCUCUCAAUAAAGACAACAACCGCCACAUAGAUCGCCAUCUGCAAGCCAAAAAUACCAAAGCAUCAACAUUCGAGGCGCAUCGUGAGUUCCUCGACUCCGCCGCCACCGUCGAAUCUCGGUCAGGGGGAGAAUGACCCUUCGUCGAGUUCCUGGUCUCCGCCGCUACUGCCGUCGUCGAAUCGCGAUCAGGGAGAGAACGACCCCUCUUCGCUGACCAGAUUUAUCAGUUCUUAGAUCUGAUGAAGUCGCCGUUAGGGUCCUGGGUUACGCCGCCAUCGAGUCCCGACCAGUGAAGAAUAACCCCUCUUUGCUCUAGAUUACCGUUGUUGCUCCGUCAUAUCUCUCCCACUCUCUAGAUCUAUCCGGAGUUGUGGGCUUCUCAUGGCACGGUCCGUCUUUUCAAACUCCAAAAGUUAGUAAGCCGAAGUCGCCGGUGGUGAGCUAGGCCGGGUUCAUGUGGCGGGCGGUAGCGUUGGUGGUGGCGUAGUGGAGGAGUGCGGAGGCGAUGGUGUCCGGGAGAAGGGUGGAGGAGGCUGCAAAGGUGGAGGAGACAGAUGAGGGGAUGGUGGCGGUGGAGAAGAGAGUGAGGGUGAAGGGGAGUGUGGAGAAAGUGGGAUGAAGUUUGGGUUUCCCUGACGGAGGGAGCAGGAAGAGUGGGAAGGAGGAGAUUUGUGGGUGGAUGGAUGGGGUUGAGUCUCCCUAUUCCCAGCGAGAGGAAGAAGAUGAAAGGGGAUUGCAGAUUUAUUUCUUUUUUCAACUGAAUUUUGUGAUUAAAAAAAAUACAAAUACAAUUAUUUAUUUAAAAUUUUAAUUGAAAUAAUACGUGGCAUCUACGUGUCAUCAAUUAUUGAGGUGUCGAUGACAUGUCCGGUGAGUUGGCAGCCCAAUGAGCUGACCGUUAAUUUGACUAACGGUGUCACUAACACCGUUAAAGUAUGUAACGGAAUUGGCUAUUAUUGUCAUCAAACUUUCAAAAUUCUGGCUAUUUUUGGUAUUUCGCCAAAAAUAACUACAUUUGGCAAAACCGUUAAAAUUUUGGCUACACAUAUGUAUUUUGCCUUUUUUUAAACUGCUCACCAACAUUAAUAAAACCAUUGACCCAAAAGGAAAGAAACCCCUUUUAAUAAAACGAAAACUGCCGGAAGAAAACAAAGGACCGAAGGAAAAGCAGAGUGCAAAAAGGUACAGAAAUUCUCUUUGGUCCAUGCUUCGUCAUCCAUUUGCAGAGCAGAAUCAUUGGAGCUGCUGCUACUUGCUUACUGGUUAGCAGCUAUCCCAUCUCAUCUCCCCUGUCAUUUUGGAUUGUAUGUCAUUUCUCAUUUGUUAAUGGCAAUUGGACUCGUGGAUAUGCAAACGGAAGGGGGAAUUCCAUUAUACCCUUUUGUUUAAUCUAAUUCUCCUUACCUUUUGGUAAUGGUAGGUGUUUUUGGAAAAACGAAAGCUGCAGCCAUAUACUUCUUCCCGACCGCUGUUUCAUUGCCUUUUUUGCAGUGUACAGGCUGAUACUUUCUUCUUCUUCUUGAUCCCUGCCAAAAGCAACAAACAGUCAACCCUACUCUUGGUUGAUUUUGUCCGACUCGAUCUCUCCAUCUAUAAAGUUUUCCUUUCUUGCCUUUGCCUACUAUUCAUCAAUCAACCAUUCCCCUGUUUACGAUUCUCGGCAUGAAGUUGGUGUGGGUCAGUCUGUGUUUAUGGCUUGCCCACGGCGGCCGAAUUGCGCUGGUUACGGCGGCUAGCGCAUGCGGGCCUGAGAGGGAGCUGAAUCAGACUCCGACUUGGGCCGUCGCCGGUGUCUGUGCUGUCAUCAUCAUCAUCUCUAUCCUCCUUGAGAAGCUUCUUCACAAACUUGGCUCGUGGUUUACAGAAAGGCACAAGAGAGCUCUAUUCGAGGCCUUGGAGAAGGUUAAGGCUGAGCUUAUGGUUCUGGGUUUCAUUUCAUUGCUGCUGACUUUUGGUCAGAACUACUUCUUGAAGAUUUGUGUGUCCGAGGACGUGGCAAAUUCGAUGCUGCCAUGUCCUUAUGAAGGUGAGCACAAAACUGAUAUGGAGGAGGAACAUCGUCGGAGGCUGUUGUGGUUUGAACACAGAAUGUUAGCUGGUGCAGACUCUGCAACAAAGUGCAAGGAGGGGCAUGUACCACUUAUAUCAGCCAAUGGACUGCAUCAACUGCACAUCCUCAUUUUCUUCUUAGCCGUCUUUCAUGUGAUCUAUAGUUUUGUAACCAUGAUGCUCGGGAGACUGAAGAUUCGUGGCUGGAAGGAGUGGGAGCAAGAAACUUCCUCCCAUGAUUAUGAGUUCUCUAAUGAUCCUUCAAGGUUCCGGCUUACCCAUGAGACAUCAUUCGUGAGAGCACAUACCAGUUUCUGGACAAAGAUUCCAGUCUUCUUUUAUUUUGGAUGCUUCUGUAGGCAGUUCUUCAGAUCUGUUAGUAAGUCUGACUACAUGACAUUGCGCAAUGGGUUCAUCUCCGUGCACCUAGCUCCUGGAAGUAAGUUCAAUUUCCAGAAGUACAUCAAGAGGUCGUUGGAGGAUGAUUUCAAACUAGUGGUCGGAGUGAGUCCUGUAUUGUGGGCGUCUUUUGUGGUUUUCCUGCUUGUGAAUGUUAAUGGUUGGCGAGCACUCUUUUGGGCAUCCAUAAUUCCCGUCAUUAUAAUCUUAGCAGUUGGAACGGAGCUUCAGUCCAUUUUGACGAAGAUGGCAAUCGACAUCUCAGACAGGCAUGCAGUAGUGCAAGGAAUACCUCUUGUGCAAGGGUCAGAUAAAUACUUUUGGUUUGGUCGCCCCCAGUUAGUUCUUCAUCUAAUCCACUUUGCUUUGUUUCAGAACGCUUUCCAGAUAACAUAUUUCCUGUGGAUAUGGUAUGCAUUUGGCAUGAAAUCGUGCUUCCAUGCUAAUUUCACGCUCGCCAUCGUCAAAGUCAGCAUCGGUGUUGGUGUCCUACUCCUUUGCAGUUACAUCACGCUGCCCCUUCAUGCACUUGUGACUCAGAUGGGUUCCAACAUGAAGAAAGCAGUGUUCGAUGAGCAUACAUCCAAGGCUUUGAAGAAGUGGCACAUGGCUGUGAAGAAGAAGAAAGCAGCGGGAAGAGGCUCGAAGUCGUCUUUAUCAGUCAGAACUCUGGGUGGUGGAGAUACAAGCCCGAUGUCUGUGAUAGCAGAUGGCUCCUCCACUGCCAGAACUUUGCUCUCCACCGGCUCGUCUGGCCACACAUUGCACCGUUUCAAGACCACUGGCCACUCUACACGGGCUUACUAUGCUUACCGUGAUGAUGAUGAGCUGUCGGACAUGGAAACCGAGGCGUUGUCCCCUGCUCCUUCAUCAUCCAUCGUUCAGAUGAGUUUGAUUGAAGGAACCAAGAGGGAUCAUGAAGGUGGGGAAGAAGCUGAGGAGUUGGAUGAUCGGAUUCCUAUUUCUGGAGCUGGAAAUUUGAUGGAUGAAUCCCUCCCCCACCAUCAUCGUGCCGGGGAGGAAAGUAGUAAUGGGAAUGAGGAGGAUUUCAGCUUUGUGAAGCCGGCUGUUUCCUUUAAACAACCAUAAAUGAUGCUAUAUCUUCAGCUAGCAGCGUGUGAGAUGUAAAUUCUGUUCAUUCCUAUAUCUUUGGCGAUACAUGUGUCAACUCGCCAAAUCAAGUUCCUAUAGAGAAUUAGUUGAGGAAUAAUGUGCUCA